AUGAAGACUCGCAAUUCUGCAAAAGGCGUAUCGUCCGAGGACCCGUAUGGCGCGAAUGAGGUAGAUGACUUCGCCGCCAAGCGCGAGAAGGUGAUGCUGGAGGAAGCCGGGCUGGACGGGCGCUCCGACAGUGAUGAUUCAGACGUGCCAGAUGAGCAGGAGGAUGAAGUCAUGGCAAUGACGGACGACUCUAGCGACGAAGAUUCAGCGCUAGACGGCGAGGAAGCAUACAAGAGGGUGUUUGGCAGACGGCUUGACGCCGACAUAGAGGAAGCGGAACAGGGUGACAUGCUGGAUAAUGAGGCAGCAUGGGGCUCGACAAAGAACGACUACUAUGGUGCGGACGAUCUUGACGACGAAGAUGCGGCGCGGGAGAUUGAGAAGGAAGCCCUGCAGCAACAGCGGAAGCACCUAGAGGAAUUGAACAUGGGCGACUUCCUAGAAGAUGAGAUAGAGCAAGACUGGGUGAAGGAGGCCAAGGCCUUUGACAUUGGCGAGUUCCAAGCAUCCACGCAGCAGACCUCCGUCUCCGUGGCGGACGUGCUGAACAUGAGCAUAGAGGGCAAGGAGAGUUUUCUCAAUACUUCGUUUCCUGAGUUCUACCCGCUAUGCAAGGACUUCGAGAAGCGUAACGCCGAAUUAGAGCUCUUGAAGGAGGAUGAUCAAACAGAAGUCAACAGGCUGAGGAUCAUGGCACUGUCUUCAUAUUUGGGCACCAUAGCAUCCUAUUUUGCGAUCUUCUUACAUGAACUGAAGACCAAUGAGGACUUCAGCACCAUGAAGGACCACCCUAUCAUGGAGAGCAUUUUAAUGAGCAGAGAAAUGUGGCGGCAGGCUAAGGAGCUUCCGGCAGAUGCCGUGGUGCCAGAGGGCGAGGAGCAGGUGUCGGAAGACGAGGAGGAGCCAAACAGUGUAUAUGAAUAUGAAGCACCUAUGGAGGAAUCUGGCGACGAACAAGAGCAAGACAUGUCCGCUGAGAGCGCAGAGGGAGACUCUGAUGUUCAAGAGGAGCUGGAUAUCGACGUAAGCAAACCGCGUAUCAAGAAAUCACACAAGAAGGCUGCGACACAAGAUGCCGACGACUUUGCGGAAUCUGAGAUAACAGAAGUCGAUGCGCAGGAAAAGCAGAAACGUAGAAAGACCCUGCGUUUCUACACCUCUAAGAUCGACCAGAAGGCAAACAAGACGGAGAAGUUCAAGGGUGACGACGACAUACCGUACAAGGAAAGGUUGUUUGAGAGACAGCAGCGCCUGCUGGAAGAAGCCAGAAAGCGCGGGGUGCAUGACAAAAAUGGCGCCGACCUCCAGAAUGACGAGUUCAACUCGGAUGACGAACGCACUGCCCAGUCCGUUAAUGCUGAGGCUGUAGACGACUACUAUGCACAGGUGAGCGCCAGCAGAGUUGCGAAGAAGGAAACGCGGAUGAAGGCCCACAAGGAUGCUCUGAGAGCGGUCAGGGAAGGCAAGCUAAGCGAGCUGGCCGAAGAGGUUGACGAGCAUGGCAAACGUGCCAUCAACUACCAGAUUCUGAAGAACAAGGGUCUGACGCCCAAACGUAAAAAGGACAACAGAAACUCGCGUGUUAAGAAGAGAAAGAAGUUCGAGAAGGCGCAGAAGAAACUCAAAUCCGUGCGUGCCGUCUACUCCGGUGGCCAAAAUGGUGCAUACGAGGGUGAGCAGACAGGUAUCAGGAAGAACGUCACUAAGUCGGUCAAGUUUAGAAGCUAG